AUGGGCACGCACAUAUCCAAAGUGAAGAGCUUGACCAUGGAUACUUGGGCGAAGGAGCAAGUCGAGGUGAUGAGAAACACUGGAAACGUCAAGUCAAAUGCUCACUACAACCCUGAUGAAACGCGUCACCCGCCGCCAACUAACAUGAUUGACUCGGAGAGAGACAGUGACCUAGAAAAGUACAUUCGCUCGAAGUACGAGUUCAAAUCGUUCAUCAGCCGAUCUGCACAAGUCGCAGCUAUAAUGGGCCCGUCGCGAUCAGCCUCCAGCAAGCUCUUGUCCACAACCCCACCCGCGCGAGCGCAAACCGCGCCUGUGCAGAACCCCCCGCCAGUGGAGUCGACCCCAAACAUACCGCCGCCCGUUCCACCGAAGGUACCGUCCUCAACAACGCCAUCCCCUGCCAGCGCCGUCAGUCCCUCUGUGUCGGGAUCGCAGUCACAGUUCAGGUCGGCCUCUCAGCCGGUACCGAGCUCGACACUAUAUACACAACCACAACAGCCGUUCGCCGCACAGGCGCAGCCACAACUGGCACCUACCAACAAUACAUGGAACAACCUAGUGUCUCUACAGUCGCCAUCCACCAAUACCUCCAGUCUACCGCUUCAAUACACGUCCUCGCUUCCCUCCGCGUCGACUUCUCAGCCCAUCCAGAUCUCAGCUAAUCCAGCAGGCACUCACCUCUCUCCAACUAUGAAUCCAUAUAGUAGCCUCUCGGCAAGCCCGAGCUCUCCCUUCCCCUCUUCAUUAGCAACGAAUCAGACGACGGGAUCUUCGCCUGGCGGCGUGGGGCGUAGCAUGAGUCUCAAUACCGGUCUAAAUCUCUCUGGUACCAGCGUGGGCACCAACUCCAGCAUCUCACACUCACCAUUUGCCACUGCCCCCACCGGCCUCGGCUUCGCGCCUAUGGGCAUGCCACAGACGAACACAAUGCCGAGCUCCAAUCCAUUCGCGGCGCAGUCCCAUCCAACAGGAACAGGAGGUAGCAUCGGUGGCGGGCCGGGGGUGGGCUACAUGGGCUCAUCGUAUAAUAUGCAACCCCAACAGCCAUCUUUGGCACCGUUCACCACGAACUCUUUCCAGCAGCAGCAACAUCAGCAACACCAGCAGCAGCAGUUUCAGCAGCAGCAAUUUCAGCAACAACAAUUCCAACAACAACAAUUCCAACAACAACAUCUCCAGCAGCAGCAACUCCAGCAGCAACUCCAGCCUUCACCAUUUGGCCAGCAAGCGUCGUUCCAGCCCCAGCCGUCGCCGUCGCCCAUGUUUCAGACACAGGCGCUACCGCAUACACAUAUGCAAAUGCAAAUGCCGACGGGCACGAACCCGUUUCUGCUACAGCAGCAGGCGCAGGUGCACACGCCGUUCGGGCAGCCUCAGGCGACGCCGCCGCCACAAGCAUUCACCGGUGGAAAUCCGUUCGCAGGCUGGCAGGGACAACAGAGCGGGUUUGCGGGGCACCAGUGGUCGGUCGAGUCCAAUUGUGUUUAUCACUUUGGCGUCGACAUUGAGGACCUCCUUCUCGUCGUCAUACUGUGCGCGUUCGAUAACUGGCCUGCUUGGUAUCGUGGCUUCUUCGCGGUCGUCGAGUCGUCGAGUGGUGGGUGCCCACUCACGGGGCUCGGCGAGCUCUCCGUCCCUCCUCGUUUCGCGACCCGGGCGAGCGUCGAGUAUGCAGAUCGACCGCUGGAAGCUGCCGCCCUAGUGGCGGCUUGUCUCGAGACGGGCUGGGGGCACCGCGAACACGGGAUGACGUCGUGUCGGUCACGACUGGGUGUGCCUCUCUGCGCAAUGCAUGCUCGAAAUGACUGUCUCGUCCCUAACGAUGAGGCGAGGAGUCUCGAGUGGUUGAGCUGCGGCUUCGGGAUACGAUAUUGCGAGCUCGUUCUCUGGCCAUCUGUGCUGGCCAGGGCUUCAUCGGACUUGGUCAAUACAGCUUCGCGUAGGUUCUUCAAGGGGAUACACAACUGGUCAAAAUUAUCGCGCCCCUUCCGGUGCGAUCAUGACAUUGCCUUCGCCGAUGUUCUGGUGCAGGAUACUCUCAUCGGGCAGCAGAUAAUCGUCGUUUUCUCGUCGAUACAUAAAACACUAGACUCGACUUGCAGAUCGCCGCUAUUCUUGCAGCGUUUCCAAACACAAUUGCAUGACGUACCAUGGCUCGGGCCACUCUUGGUGCUACACAGUCGCAGCAGUCCUCUGCAACUACUCGCUAUGACAGAGGCACGCCCAAUUAUCCAAAGCAGAAGCAAGGCGGGACUUCAAGACAGCACGCCAAAGCUCCUCACGCUGACAAAUCCGACAGGCGAGAUGGUAAUGUCGCGAUACUACAAUCGCAUACGAAAGAGACUUACGGCGAUUGCAGCCGCUGCCAACUUGAAGGACGCUGACCCAGGGGAUGACUCAGACAGCGAGUCGGUUUAUGGGUCCGCUAAUAGCAGCCAGCAGACACUCAGCACGUCGAGUAUAAACUUUGACAGUCGUUCCGAGCUCUUCGGAAGUUGGAGCGAAGAAAUUGGGGCGUUACCGCAGGAUGGUACAACACGUCCGCUGCUAGACGCCGUUAACCAGGUGCGGUUGUUGUCCGACGAAGCAUCGAGGAAUUCCCGUCGGAUUAUAGAAGAACACAGCAAGUUGGCUGGAAUGAUGGCCGCACGCCUGGAGGAGGCAAAGAGGACAGGCGUCUUGGGGCGCAACGAUGACAUCACAUCUACCGGGGAGGGAAUUUGUCAAAGUUCAGCGGCACUUUGCACGAAGAUGCAGUGCUUACGAGACAGACUGCAGAAUCUAUCACAGGUGAUCGAGGACAUUCAACGACGAAACAGCAAACAACACGUGUCCUGGUGGGGCAGGAUAUGCCGCUGGAUCCCAAAUGUCCUCCGAGCAGUCAAGAGCAUAUUUACGACUAUUAAGAAGGCCUUGAGAAACCUCCGAGGCAGUCCCUUGCCUCCUUCGGACGUUGCCGAAAUCGUCAAGAGAUAUGACGCAUAUGACACUGGUGCGUCUGCUUCUUGUUUUCCUGUAGCGCGAUUUAUGAGGGUGAUAUCAUCAGGGAACAUUGAAGAAACACAGCAGCUGAGUAACCUACGCCACUUUCUCGAGGAGCUUUCAGCGAAGAUCUUGCAAGUGGAGGACAAUUUGCAGGAGAUUCAAACCGGCCAAUCUUCGUUACAUUUAUUUGUGGAAGCGGAGACAUCACAGCUCAUCAUUGACGGGUCUGGACGCGAUUGCAGAAACAGACAUAUAGACGCUGGGGCUAGUCCAUCUGGCAAGGGUAAAGGCAAGGCGCUGUCUUCAGAGCACCUCACCUCCGUCGACCUGGGCAUUGAUGCGGACGAGGAGGAACAGGAGCAAGCCAUUGCCAGGCAUCGGCAAGAGAUUCGAGGCAUCGGCAGCAGUGGGAGCGAGACCAGUGCGAUCAAGGAGCGGAAAUGGGCAAGGAUCGAGGCCGAAGCAAGAAUAGUAGGUAACGCAGCUGCACGAUAUCACCAAGACGGCAUCAAAGACGCUAUCCUUGAGUGCCGGGUCCACGUCGUAGUCUGCAUACGCACACCUGACUCUAAUGGCCUCGAUGUCGGUCAACUGCUCCAGCUUGAGGGCAAUCCUCAAAAGACCUCCGAGAGGCCACAGAGCUUAGUGUGCAGCCCUGGAUUGACUAUGAAGCCAGGCCCGGUGGCCAAAAGUGCGGCACAAAGUAGGGCUUUGGGCCCGAGCCGGGCCCUGAACAACACUACAGGCAGCCUUCUGAGCCCAAUGAAGGUCCUUAUGGGUCAAGGGACUGCGAUCUAUACGAAGGUCGAUGUCGGCAACUUGGUCGAAGGUGACAAGCCAGCCGAAGAAUUGAGACUCCACGGCGUAGUGCUCAUUAAUGCGGACAAAUGGUUGAGUUCGCUUACGCUAUUCUACGACUUAGGAGAAGCUAUGGACAUUGCCGCACCAAGAAUAGCCAACAUAGUGAACUCCAUCUCCGCGCAUUCCAUUCAUCAUUUUUCAUUCAAGUUCCGCUGCUCCCUCGACCCUAUGUGGACCAUUGCCAAUAAGGCUGAAAAUGACAUCGCUCAAAUGGGACCUCUAGUACAGGGUCUGAUGGCGCGCGAUGUCUUCGACUCUCUUGAACAUGUAGACGUCUAUCUCCUCUGGUACAUCAAUGAAGCGAUCAGCCCCUCUGAUAUAGCCCGAUUCCUCAAGGCAGCUGAUGAAGCUAUGAUGAAGACGAAUUGGCAUGAGCGGGGAAUUUUGAAGGUCAUGCACGAAAUUGAGAUGUACAAACCUCCAGCUAACACAAGCGACACCUCGGAAAUCUCUAUCACAGGCUGGUGGGGCCUAGCUAGGCAGCUAGAAAGAUAA